UAUGAAAUAGAGGACGCAGAGGAGAAAGAGCAGACACACAAACGCUCACACAAAGACAAGCAACAGAAGAAACAAAAAGUUUCUGGUUAUAUCUUUCUCUGUUUCAAAACCAGACUUUUUUCUUCUUUUUCACGGGCUUCUCCAGAUCCCAGAUUCCAACAAACUCUCUGUUAUCGAGAAACAAAUGUUUUAGUUUCUCCUUUCCACCACUUCCUCUUGUACGUCUCUCUGUUAAACCUCUCCUCCACGUACGUGGGAUUUGCAUAGAUUUUACAGCAAGAGAGAUAUCAGAAAAUAACUUCUGCUUAUAGUCUUAUAUCACUUUCAUUUGAGCGAAGUAUUUGGGCGAGAAAGAAGAAGAAGAAGAAGAGAAAAUGAAGAAUUCUGCUUCUGAACAGAGUUUUUACAUAGAUAGUGAUGAGGAGGAUGAAGAGAAGGAACUUAACAGAGGUGGACAAGGUGAAGACGACGGGAAUCGAUCAGAUUCCGAUGACUCUUUAGCCGAUAACCAUCAACAGAGCAAAACUGGUUCUUACAACACUUCUUGGCCUCAAAGUUACAGGCAGUCUAUUGACCUAUAUAGUAGUGUACCAUCUCCAAGUAUUAUUCUGGGAACGCCUACACUGUCAAGAUUAAGCAGUUCAUUUUUAUCUUCUUCCCUAACAAGAAGACACACCCCAGAAUCACUGCCUUCUGUGACAAAACCUCUUAUAUCAAAGGCAGAAGAUGAGCAGUUACCCCCACAAAAGCGCAGUUCUCAUUCUCUACUUCCUCCAAUUCCCUCAAGAAAGUCUUUGAUUAAAAAAGAUGAGAAACCAACCCAGAUUUCACAUGAACUUCCCAUUUCUCGCCAAAGCUCAUAUGGACAAGCCGUGCUUAAUGGCAUGAAUGUUCUAUGUGGUGUUGGGAUUUUGUCCACUCCUUAUGCUGCUAGAGAAGGAGGAUGGCUUGGGCUCUCUAUAUUGCUCAUAUUUGCAGUGCUUUCCUUUUACACUGGGAUGCUCUUGCGUUUCUGUUUGGAUAGUGAACCAGAGAUUGAAACUUACCCUGACAUUGGCCAAGCUGCAUUUGGCACCAUUGGUCGGAUUGCCAUCUCUAUGAUCUUAUACGUGGAGUUAUAUGCCUGUUGUGUUGAAUAUAUAAUUUUGGAGAGUGAUAACUUGUCCUCAUUAUUUCCACAUGCACAUUUAAGUUUGGGUGGAUUAGAGCUAAAUUCACACCACUUCUUUGCUAUUCUGACCACCAUUGCUGUUCUUCCAACUGUUUGGCUUCGAGACCUCAGUUUACUUAGCUAUAUCUCUGCUGGUGGAGUUAUUGCAUCAGUUUUGGUGGUCAUCUGCUUAUUCUGGGUUGGUUUGGUUGAUCAAGUUGGGAUUCAUAGUAAAGGGACUGUACUGAACCUUGGGACUCUUCCUGUCGCUAUUGGUCUCUAUGGUUAUUGUUACUCAGGACAUGCUGUUUUCCCAAAUAUCUAUACCUCCAUGGCACAACCUAACAAAUUCCCUAUGGUUCUCUUAGCAUGCUUCGGUAUCUGUACUGUCAUGUAUGCUGGAGUUGCUGUUAUGGGGUACACUAUGUUUGGAGAAUCAACGGAGUCUCAGUUCACUCUUAACAUGCCUCAAGAUCUAAUAGCCACAAAGAUUGCUGUGUGGACUACGGUAGUGAAUCCAUUUACCAAAUAUGCAUUAACCAUGUCUCCAGUGGCAAUGAGUCUUGAAGAAUUGAUACCAUCAACCCAUCUGAAGUCUCACAUUUAUGCUAUCUGCAUCAGGACAGCACUGGUGAUCUCCACCUUGAUUGUCGGUCUAUCCAUUCCCUUUUUCGGUCUGGUGAUGUCUUUGAUUGGAUCUUUGUUGACAAUGCUAGUAACCUUGAUACUUCCUUGUGCUUGUUUUCUAAGCAUCUUAAGGGGUAAAGUAACCAGAUUUCAGGCUGCAGUUUGUAUUAUGAUCAUUGUAGUAGGGGUGAUAUCAUCAGUCUUUGGAACCUACUCAGCCCUCUCCAAAAUUGUUGAGAGCUUGAGAAAAUCUUAAUUUUCCAGAGUAGCUUCUUAUGUUUUCCAUUUCCAAAUUCUUUGAGACAUUGCAUCCUCAGUUCCCUUUAAUGCAUUUAUAGUCUGCUAUUUUGGAAUGUGUAUUGACACUAAAAGAAAUAUGAGUAUUGCUACUAUUCACUAAGUCCAGAUUGGUUGACUAAUCGCCAUUCAGCAAUUAGAAUUGCAAGAAAGUUUAACCA